AGAGGUUGCGCGUUUUAUCGCCUAUCUAACACGUCAAGCUUGUGUAAUCGCAAAUCGCAGAUCGUAGAACAAGUUAUUUAAAUACAUAAUAGAAACAUGGCGCUCUGCUAUAUGAGGUUGUUCUCUCGACGAUGCAUCGAUCCCUCUGUUUAUCGAAACUUGUACACCUGCAGCCCGAAGCUUGUUGCUGCUUCGAUGCCAAAACUCGCGACCGGAAGCGCGAUUUGCGAAACUCACGAUGAAAAGAAUCUCCGGCUCAAGAGACCAAUGUCGCCGCAUUUAAGUAUUUAUCAAAUUCAAUUAACGUCAGUUUUAUCGAUUACGCAUCGUGGAACGGGCAUGAUAUUGUCCACCUAUGCCAUGGUCCUCGGUUUGGGAACGUUAUUGAUCCCCGGAGGGAUUCCUUGCCUCAUAGAAAUGAUUACGGACUUAAAUUUAGCCACCCCUGUUCUUUUCGCGAUGAAAACUGCGCUAGCUCUGCCAGCCGUGUAUCACACGUUCAACGGAUUCCGUCACUUGGCUUGGGACCUCGGAGCGUUUCUCACGAUCAAGGAAGUUUAUAGCACCGGUUAUGUCGUACUUAUUUUAUCGUCCAUCGCUGCCCUUGCGCUUGCUGCCAUGUAAAACGAGAUGACAUCUACCAAAAAUUAAUCGUACGACCAACAGAUCGGUUACACCGGCUACUUUACAAAUUAUAGUCGGUUCAAAAUAAAAAAACGGAGCCAGAUCUUCACGAUGGAUAUGUAAAUGUGGAACGAUAGAGUACGUAGAAUUGAUUGAAAAUUUUGUCACGUGUCGAUACCUAAUAAAUAUAGUUGUACAAAAUUUUCAAUGGGAUAAAUCGCUGGCCCCAUGGGAUAUUUGUCUUGUACGGCUGUAAGAAGUAACACAUCGUCCAUGAGAUCCAGUUACUUCUCAUUCAACUUUUAUUUAUACAGUUUACACAUACGUUAUCGCUUAUUUUCUUAAUAAGAGAAUCGAUUGAUACGCUUUGGUAGGUACAUCGUAAAAAGACAAAUAAAAACGAUAUCGAUAAUGGAA